AUGGCUAAGUUCGUUAUUGCAGGUAGAGCAGAUUGUCCAUACUAUGCUAAAGCAGAACUUCUGGCAGACUAUUUACAGAAGAAUCUUCCUGAUUUUCGGAUACAUAAAAUUACACAACAUCCUGAAGUUUGGGAGGAGUGGCUAAAGGACCUGUGUAAGCAGAAUAGGUGGAACCAUGAGAAGUCCCCCAUCAUCUGGAGAGAGCUGCUGGACCGCGGUGGGAAGGGCUUGCUUCUGGGAGGCUAUAAUGAAUUCCUAGAGCAUGCCCAGCUAUAUUAUGGUGUCACCUCUAGCAUGACGACCCAGCUGAUGAUGCUGAUUGCUCAAGAGAACCUGGGGGCAAACAUAGAAAAAAAGCAGGAGGAGGAGGUGCUGAAGGGUCUUAUCAGCCCGCUGCAGGUCUGGAUCACCAGCGCAUCUACCACUGCCUGCCGCAGCCUCAUUCCCCUCCUGGUCAGUGGGGAGGUGUUUGGGGCACACUCCGAGCUCAGCCUGGUUCUCUUUGAUGAUGAGGACACAGAGGAGGACCUGCAGGACCUGGCGACAGAGAUCUGUUACCUGGCGUCGCAAGUGCUGCGUAGUGUGUCUGUGUGCACACGAGCGCAGGAGGCCUUCCGCGGGGCACACGUAGUGGUGGUGCUGGAGCCCUGCGCAUUGCGCGAUGCCCCCAGCCUAGAGGCCCGCCUCCACCAGGAGCUGCUGCGAUGCCGGCGUGACGGGCGCCUGCUGGAGCGCAAUGCGAGUUCCUCCGUACGGGUGGUCGUGGCGGGGAAGAGCUUCGUGAACCUCCGGGUGCUGCUGCUGACAACGUUUGCACCGAGACUGGUUCGCAGCAUCGUGGCUGUGGCGCUGGGUGUGGAAGGGCAGGUCAAGGCUGCCCUCGCCAGGCGGCUGAGGACAACACCCGCCCAUAUUAAAGAUGUGAUAAUUUGGGGUAAUAUCAGUGGAAAUAACUAUGUUGAUUUGAGAAAAACAAAGGUUUACAGAUACGAUAGUGCCAUUUGGGGACCACUUCGAUAUCCACGCCCCGUUUUAGACGUGAUUUUUGACAGCGAGUGGCUAAACAGGGAAUUUGUAGCAACUCUUAAAAACUUGACUACUACAGGCAGACAAUUUGGAGGCAUUUUGGCUGCACACAGUAUAGCCACAACGUUGAAGUACUGGUACCAUGGCUCGCCACCUGGGGAGAUCAUGUCUCUGGGAGUGUUGAGUGAAGGCCAGUUUGGGAUUCCUACAGAGAUUGUCUUUUCUAUGCCUGUGAAAUUUGAGAAUGGAACAUGGGUGGUUCUGACAGACCUCGAAGAUGUUGAAAUAAGUGAAAAGAUAAUGACCAGAAUAACAAAUGACCUGAUUGAGGAGAAGCUUGUUGCACUUGGAGUAAAGAUGAAUUUUCAGCCAUACCAAUCAGGACAUAAAGAUAGCUUAUAUUCUGAUAUAGUCCAAGACGAAGAGAAGGACUUAGCUAUGUUGGAUGGUAAGUGCAGGGUCAUGGACAGACUGUGAUUCCCAACAGCUGUGGCUGGUGCAUCCAGCCUUAAAGGAUGAUGCUGUGUUCAGGAGAGCACAGCCCAGCAACUGAAGUGAUUUUUUAUUGACUCCAUUUAUUUUCUUAUGCUUUAUAAGCACU